AUGGAGCAGUUGGACCCAAGGCUGGAAGGUUUGGCCUUUGUUUUGCCCGUGCUUCGUGACGCGUCGCUGUUGCUGCUGCUGAAUCGCGUGCUGAGAGCUGGGCAAACUGCGGCAGAGUUGAUGUACAGCAGUCGCAUCCUUUCGACGCAAAGACGAGAACUGUGGCAAAACACCCGUGAGAGAAGAGUAAUCGCUUGCCUUUUGGCGCAUGUCAUGGAUGCCCGCAAUGGAGACGAACCGGCAGCUGUCGCUGUGGAGCCCUUGGAUGCUAAUGCACCCUUGGCCUUUGAACGUGCCUGUGCCGAGCUCAUUACUGCGGGUAGCCCAGGCUCAGAUCUUUGGCUUGGCAUGGUGAAACUUUCGGAGGAACCAUCGGAGGAGUCAGAGAGCUCCGCAUCUGAAGAGCACAGCCCGACUCGUCGAGGACAAGCAGACAUUCUCCGGCAAGAAGGCAUUCUAUGCGAGCCAAAGAAGGUGGAAAAAGGUGCUACUGCCUUGUUCCGGAGCCUUGUCCCUGAGGGACGUUUGAGCUUUGCCCAGUUGACUGCCAAACUGCAAGAUGGAGCAGAGAGUGAGCGUUUUUGGCAGCUGUUGGAAGCACUGGAUGCACCUGCCAACUUUAAAAGGCCUCGACCGCAUCGCGCAUUGUCACGUGCAAACACGGCACCGAUUGAUGAAGCUUCGCCGACGCCAAAAUCGCGCCGGUUGGGACAUACAAAGUCCAGCGGUCACAUCGAGAUCAGCGUCGGUCAGGAUGCCUUUGUGCAACUGGUUGUCUCUACCUACAAAGACUCUGCACGUUUGGUAUCAAAUGUUGGCGAGCACUCAGCCAUAUUCGCGCUCUUCUGCAGCGUUCUCCGCUUGUGUCGUCUGGUGGUCGUGAGCAUCGUGGCGUUGGGGCGCUUCGCCCCGGCAUCGCUGAUGCAGACCCUGUCCUGGCUAAUCUCAUCGGUUCUGUUGGCAGUUUCUUUUGCAUGGGGCCCUGUACUACUGGACGUGAUGCAGUCGUUGGUUUUGCUGCUUCACGUGUGUCCCUUCGACACGGGUGACCGCAUCGUUUUCCGUGGACAAGUCCUUGUCGUUGCACACAUCAAGUUGCUGAACACCGUCUUUCGCGACGUCUAUGAUGAGGAAAUCUACAUUCGCAAUGCUGCACUGUACGCGGGCGAUGGCAUCAUCAAUCUUCGCCGAUCUGGGCCUGCAUAUGUGGCAAUCACUUUGGUGAUACCUUUGAAAUUUGCCAAGAAGGAGAUCUUCAAAGCCUUGACGGUAGCAGCGAAGAACUAUGCGAUGUCGCAUCAGGAGACAUGGCGGGAACAAAUCACCUGUGGAUUUUUUCCCACAGAGCAAGGCGCUGGCGGCGUGGAGGUUCAUAUGGAGUCCUUCCCCUCGCAAGCCUUGCGCUGGCGGGUUGGAGUUUCUCAUCAACUCUCCAAACUUCAUUCAGCACAGGUCAGAAGUGAUGCCUCACUGUUUCUGACCGAACUCAUUGAGGAAGCUGAGCAGUGCCCGGCCAUUUUCUCCGAGAUCGAUGUGAGAAGAUGCACCAAGGAUGCGUCCCGACCUGCAGUGAUCUCGGUGUUGCAACGGUAUGCAGCUGCGAAAUCGCCGCCAGAGGCUGUUGAGGGACUGCGAAACCUCGCUGCCGAGGACGCCGCUGCCGCGGCGCAGCUUUGCGCAGACAAGAUCGCAGCACUGCCAAGUGACGCAGUUUUGGACCAUGCCCGGGAUCUCGUUGCGGCUCUCUUGGAUGCCAUUCGCCUGGAGAAGUUACCAGAGCUAUCGAAAGUGCUGGAGCUGUUUUUGCAGAGGACACAGUCUUGGCGUUCUGGAGAAGACAAGUCUCAGCAGGCACAGCCUGUCAUCCACAGCAUGGUCGUGGACCACCUGUUGAGUACUCCUCGCCUCCAUGGUCUUCUGGAUGUGAUGGUGUCCAACAGCAACGCAGUUGCCUGGGCGGAGAUUCUCCAGCUGCGGGCGAACAAGAGCCGCAUGGCUGCUGAGCUACUUUGGAGGUACCACCAACAACGAGGCCAAGUGCGGCCCGAAUGGGCCCAGCUGCAACGUUUGGUGGAGACCACCCAGGCCGGCUUUGAAGCAUCAAAUGAUGAGAAUAGUGGGUUUUCAGAUGUUUUAAACAUGAGAACUAGUAAGUUGAGAAUAAUCACAUUCCACCGGUGGACGGGGUUUUCGCACAUUUUUUUACAGUCCAUGAAUUGGGAGAAUAGCCUGGUAUGGUGA